AGGAUUUUUUUUUUUUUGUCCUGGGGCAAAACUGAAUUUAGAGAGAAGGCGGAGCUAGUCAGAAUCACGUGCCUGAAGUGGCCCAGGGGGCGGGUUGGAGUCCGGAGAGCUUGGUCUGUUUACGGAAACCCUGCAGCGGAGGGGGUCUCCUGCUGCUGCGGACUUCAGGCUGUGGCUUUCCCCAAGUCAGGAUUUAAUACAAUGAAGCCAGAAACAUCUCGUAUGUUCAUUCUGAGUUCCCUUUGUUUAGCUUUUUAUUGUUUGUGUACUGCUGACAAAUUCUACAAUAGUGGCAACCAUGAGUGGAAAAAGUUGAUUAUGGUUCAUCACUGGCCUACAACUGUGUGCAAGGAAAUUGAAAAUGACUGCAGAGAUCCCCCUAAUUACUGGACAAUCCAUGGACUCUGGCCUGAUAAAGCUUCAGAAUGUAACCGAUCAUGGCACUUUGAUUUAGAUGAGAUCAAGGAUCUUUUACCUGACAUGAAACAUUUCUGGCCUGAUGUAAUCCAUCCAUCUCCUAAUCGCAGCCAGUUCUGGAAGCAUGAGUGGGAGAAACAUGGAACCUGUGCAGCCCAGUUGGACUCUCUAAAUUCUCAAAAAAAAUACUUCAGUAAAUGUCUGGAGUUUUAUAAAGAUAUUGACCUCAAUAGUAUACUCCUGAAGUUGGGGAUAGAGCCAGAAAUUUCAUACUACCAAAUUGAAGACAUUAAGAAUGCCCUUGUAAGCGUAUAUGGAGUAGAACCAAAAUUGCAGUGCCUGCCACCAGAAGAGGAAGAAGAAAUACAAAUACUUGGUCAAAUUGAAUUCUGUUUCACCAAAGAUCUACAGUUGAUAAAUUGUACUGACCCAAAGGUAUAUGCUCCCUUCCUGCAAGAUGCAUUGUUGACUGAUGAGACUCCCAUGAGUCUUGGACUCUAUGUCUGUAAAGAUGGCCCAGUUUUCUAUCCCCCUCCAGAAAAGACCCACCUUUGAUAAUUUGGAGGAUUAGAAAUAAAUAUACUGUGACAAAACAGUCCAACCAAAUACAUGUUUAUGUUUUAAAUUUAGUUCACAUUCCUAGUGUGUUACAAAGGAAAUAGAGAAGAAAGAAUAUAUCACAAAUCUGAAAAGCUACUUUUUAAAAAGAUAAAGUAUACAAAGUUUGUGUUUGCUUUCUUAACAAGAAGAAUGGUUUAGAAACAAAAAAGGGUUUAUAAAAGUCUUAGCAAAUUAUGUUUAUAUUUGCUAUGUGAUAAUUUGGUCAGUUAAUGUAGAGUGUUUUCCUCCCAGAAUAAAUGGGACCUUUAGUCA